GCUAUGAACAUUUAUUUUGAUGUUUGGAGUUUUUUUUUUCCUUCAUGAGAAGAAAACUACUGAAACAUAGAAGUGCUUGGAAUGAAGAUUCCCAUGCCCAAAAGUGGGGACAGUGGCAUCCGUGAUAUCCAAAAGUGGGCAGUGUGCUAUCCGUGGGGAUUUUUCUUGUCCUUUUCCACGUGGGUUGAAGAAAGUGGCUGUGUGAGGCUUUGGAAGGGGCUGUGUGUGUCAGCACUGUGAGAUGGAGCAGCCUGGUGAGUGAGUUGGGAAAGGAGCCCCUGCAGUUCUGGGGUGGAACCGGAAAAUAUUUUCAGGAGUAGGGUAAGAAGUCUAGGAAGAACUUGGUGAACAAGGAGCAGAGUCUCAGCAAGAGGAAUUUCAAAGUUCUGAACGCUGAUGCUCCUCUGUGCAGGCUUCUGUGUGCUGAGGGCCUUUAUUAAGCCAAGUCCUGUUUUCACUCUGUGAUGAGGACGGCCCUGAGAAUGUGUAGCUCCAGCUGUGUUGUAAGGCAGCGCAGCUGAAGUAAAGCAAGGUGAGGUAGCAGGAUGCUUUGGCCUGCUGAGCUGAGAUAUGCUGCACCAACGCAUCUUUGGAGCUGAGUGUGAAUUUUGUUGUUUGUAGGUCAUGCAUGCACAAGCGUGAGUUGCGCUGCAGACUGUCACAGCAGACAUGCAAAGAAGAGCAUACCCAAACCACAGCUCUCUCCCCUCCACCUCCACAAAGCCCAUCCCCCAAACAGAUUUUGGUUUUUGAGAGGCAGAUUUGAGAGAGUCAUGGAAGGCUUGCUGCUUUUUCAGGAUUUUGCUUAUGGGAUGGGAGGGCAGGGAAAAGCAGAGUGGUUUUGCAUCAGCAGCCGUGAGCAGUGAGGCCGUGCUCUGCCUGAAAAGCCUUUGGGACUGUUUCGCAGUCUAGAACAGACCCCAAAGCUGUGGUUUUCUGCCCUGUGGUGCUGCACGGAAUGGGAUGGCAGCACAGGCACAGUGUCAGAUAUUCACCUUACAUAUUUAUCACCUCUCCUGGGGCUGCUGCUGGGAGUGUAUCUCUGGUACUUCAUCUAUCUCAGGGUUUGCUGAAGCUGAUCCAGAGGGCCUCUGAUUUUCACAGUGGAGGAAAAAUGAGAGAAAUUAAUGAGACUUGGAUAUGAUUCAUUUCUUGUUUCAUUUAUUCCUACAGCAAAAAUGCCUGUAUUGAAAAAUGAAUGCUGUUAACUGGUACUGCUUGCCUUCCUGUGAUCUGUGUGAACACUGGCAGCACAUCCCUGCCCGUGGCAGUCAGUUCUUCCUUGGGUUGUGGCAUGUCUGUGCCUUGGGGAAAGGGGCCAUCAGUGGUACUGGGAGAUGUGCAGCAGGACAAACAGCACAGUGACCAACCUCAGCACUGCCUGGGCAGACCCAAAAGGCUCCAGCACAAGCUUUCAACAUGUGUGGUGUUCUGAAGCAAGGAGGUUAUCUCUAGGAAAAUGUGAUUUUAGAAUCUGUAUCUGAACUUCCCCAAGUUUACAGGAAAAAAAAAAUAUCCCAUUGUUUUCUAAGCAGUGAAUGUUUGUGAAUGUCUCAAUUUUGGCAGCACGGAGUCAACCCCCCAAACCACCAGAAAGCUGUAUUGGUUAAGGGGAAAUGCAGAGAUGUUCAGGCUGAGCCCUCCCCCCAUCUUUCACUCUUCCUUUCCAGGGCUCAGAGCGGUCUCAAACCAGAGACACGUGUGACAGCUGUGCUUCACUGAGUUGUAGGUUCCCAGCAGGGAUAGGGCUAACUUUGAGAAGGCAAACAUCCACCAGAGAUCACAUCCCUCCCCGAAGGACUGGAGGAAACCUUCUGCAGGCCUUGGGGUGCAGCUGCAAGCAGUUGGUGUCCCGCACGCGUUACCUCUGCUGUUCUCUUUGAGAGAAGAUGAAGGUGCUGCUGGGCCUGGCUCUGGUGCUGACAUUACUGGGUAAGCUGUAAGUCUUUCUGGUGCCUUUAUCCUUGCCUUUAGCAGAAGACCCUUUGCUUUCUCUUUUCUGCUGUGAGAGCCACUCGGAGGCUUGUAGGCACGCAGGGCUGGGAGUGUUGAGAAUGCCAGUAACUCCUCUAGCAUCUGUGUGCUGCAUGAUCCCUUCCUGCACACACAUAGGCUUGGAAUUGUCACAGCAUCCUGUUGGAGGCCUGUACUUACUGUACCAGGCUCCAAGGCUUUGGAAGAUGUAGAAAAGCUUUACCACAACUAAACACAGGGUAAGGCUUCCAAGCUAUUGAUUUUUGGCUCUGCUUAAGGCAACUGGCCUCCUUGGUCUCCUCAGCUGACAUACUCUUCGUGUUUGCCUCCACAGCUGGUCAAGCCCAAAAGAAACCUGUUUGGGAAGCUGUAGCACUUUGCAUUCAUUACUUACAGGGCAUCAGACAAGUGCUUGGUGCCUUGCCAGGGCCCAGCCCUUGGUAGUUGUGGAAGGGCUGAGCAGGGCAGCUCAAGUGCUGGGAAAAAUGUCCCUGCCCAAGCAGCUCGCUCUGAAUCAGCUCACCUGGCCCUGACACGCAGUGCUGGGCACUCCAUUCUCCUGGCUACGAUCUGUUGAUGCUUCUCUCCGUUCCUUGCAGUUGGCAGUGCUUCCGUGCUGUGCUGCUCCCCAUGGCUCUGCUCUGUGCUGCCUUUCAGCCAAGCAGGUGCCUCUCUUUGCCAUUUUGGUCUCACAGAUUUCAGGAGAUGGAGGCUUUAUCUGGAGAAACCUCAGGGGUGUUCUCUGCCCUGCGUGUCUCCCGUUCUGUGCUUUGUGGCCCCCUAUGGCAGCAGUGCUGGUCUUGGUCAGCUCCGUGUUUUCACCUCCCCUGUUUGUUUUGGCUUUGUUUUGCACUGCUCCACUUCUCGAGAAACCCGCAGAGGUGGUUAUGUGGUUGGACACGUCCGAGCUCAGCCAGGAGCCUGUGAGCAAGCGGACAGGAAGCCAGAUGGGCAGGUUGUGAAAGGAGGAACCGAGACUGAUGCACAGGGGCCGAGUUGCCUCUGGCCAGCUGCAAAUGAAUGACACUGGUCCUCCCAGCCCGUGACUCACACGAGCCACAGUGCAGGAGCUGCAGCCUUCAGCCCUGAGACACAGAGGGCUGAGCGCUGAGGCCCCAGGUGUCUUCCCCACUCCCCUUCCAUGCGGCUUUUUCAGUGAGUGCAGCAGCCCUCGGUGUCUGGCGCCCAGGAGGAUGUGCUGCCUCGCAUCCCCGGCUUGCCGAAAGCAGGGCUCAGGGAGAGGCUUUGUCUGCAGGGCCUCCCCGCCGCUCCCCGGACUGCUCGGCGCCUUUAGGCUCAUCCAGAGAGGAGACAUCUAUGGGGACAGGCAGGCUGCACUCGGCCAGCCUCAUCCUGCUGUCCUUGUGCCUGGCAGGGAGGAGCAGCAGCUUGACUGGAUGGGUGUUCACAGAGCCCUGGCUCCAUGCUAGUGCUGGGGAUUCCGUCCUGCUGCGCUGCCUCUUCCAAGACCCAGAGGCCACGGGCUGGACGGUGACCAAAGUGGACUGGCUGCGUGUGCCAGUGGCUGGCAAACAGAAGGAGGAGAUGGUAUUUUAUUACUACAGCAACUCUAGCGUCCCUGUGGGCCGUUUCCAAGACCGGGUGCGGUGGCAGGGGGACGUCUCGUGCUGGGAUGGCUCUAUCCAGCUGCAGGACGUGCAGGUGAAUGACAGUGGCAGGUACACGUGUGAGAUCCGUCUGUUUCAGCACGGCAGCAUCUUCAAGAACCACACGAUGCUGCGUGUCAGCCCUGCAACACAGAGAGAUAGAGGAGCAGAAAGCACCCAAGUCCUGGGGCGCACUGGAGUUUGGGCUGUGACCGUGUGCUGCAGCGCCGUGGCCGUGGUGCUGGCUUUCCUGGCAGGACUCAACCUGAGGAAGAGGUCUGCAGCCACCACGGCCCUGGAGAGAGCUGGAAAUGAUGGCAGCAAGGACAAAGCCAAGGAAGGGCUUUACUCUUCGAUCCCUGAAUCUGAGGUGCCUAAGGCCGAUCAGGAUGCAGGGAAGAAGAGGAGAGCUGAGGAGACCUACAUCACCAUGCAUCCCUCCAUCCUCCAUGAGAAUGGCAUCUACGUGGAGCUGGCCAGGGGGGUGAUCCCAGCAGAGUGGAUGGCAGAAGGCAGACAGGAUGGUGGGCACAGCGAGCAGCCCUACAGCCACCCCCAGCAGGAACUUCCUCGUGUCCCAGAGAGGGGGAAAUAGCCACACUGGGGCUGUAAACCCCUUAGCCAGCAGCUACAUGAGAGACUUCUUUGCUCCUUCAGCUAGUCCCUGUUAAGCUGCUGUCAGCCCUUCACUGAUAUCUCCAUCCUGAACUGCUGCUGGGACAUGGCUUACCUGGCAUCUGCAAGGUGACCUGGGGAGGUGUCCCCUUUGGAUCCCUCCUCCCUGGUCCUCAGAAAGGGAUGCAGAGGGCAUAGUCCCCACUUCCCAGCACUUUUUCCCCCGACCAGCUCCAGGACUGGAAAUAAUGAGGAGAGCCUGGCCA